AUGACACAAGAUCAGCAGACCCGUCCUAAGCGGGUAUGGGCAUCCCUAAUCACAAAUCUGUCCUAUCUCCCGGGCCUCUUAACGCUUCAUCACUCUCUCAACCACCCGACCCCAGACCCACAUGCCUCACCAUCCGCAAAGCAAGGCACCAAGUACCCUUUUGUCGCCUUAUAUACCUCAAGCUUCCCUCCAGAAGGUCUCAAAGUGCUCCGAGCACGGGGAAUCACAGCACAAUGGGUUCCCUCCGUGAGGCCAGCGAUCACAAUAGAUUACGCGCAAGAUCCACGCUUCGCCGAAACAUGGAACAAACUCAUUGUCUACUCACUCGAGGAAUAUGAGCGCAUUGUCCUGCUAGACGGUGAUAUCCUCGUCCGUCGAAAUAUGGACGAACUCAUGGAUAUUCCAUUGGAUGGGGAAGAGGAUGGGGAACGGGUCUUUGCAGCUGCGCAUGCUUGCGCUUGCAACCCGUUGAAGAAGGCACAUUAUCCUGCGACUUGGAUCCCCGAGAACUGUGCUUAUACAACGCAGCACUCCAUGCCCUUGAAAGCGCAAACCAUUGCGCCCCCACCAGGCUCAGGCGUGGGUAUGCUCAACAGCGGUGUGCUGGUCGUGCGGCCUUCGGCAAAGCACUAUAGGGAAAUCACCUCCGCUCUGCAAGAGCCAGAACGGAUCAAUAAAUAUGUCUUCCCGGAUCAGGAGCUGCUGUCCGAUGUCUUUUCAGGACGGUGGGUUGCGCUGCCGUAUGUUUAUAAUGCGCUGUAUACGCUGCGUAUCGAAGGGGUGCAUGAUGCGAUUUGGAGAGACGAUGAAGCUCGCGCUGUCCACUAUAUCCUUGCGGCGAAGCCUUGGCAUGAAACUCACAAGGAGGGGGAGACGGGUGGACUAAAUGAAACGGGUAUCUGGUGGUGGAGAGCCAAUUGGGAGAGGAUGGCUGCUGAGAGGAGAGCUGGCGUUGAAGAUCAGUUUUCACAAUCAUAG